AACCGGUGACGAUUCUUUCUUCUGCUGGUCUCCUGCGCGGCCGCGUGUCAUCGCCGCGCCCUCUCACGCGCCUUCUGCCGAGACGAGUCGCUCGCUCGUCUGUGGAUUCGGUCGCUUCUCCCCUCGUGCCGCUGUUCGCACGAGCCCGUGGCGGGACUGUUCCCGCAGGGGGAGGCCAGCAGGCUGGCCGUGCCGUCCCCGGGCACCGUCUCUCUCUCUCUCUCUCCAGCGCUACCGGAAUGUCGCUCAGCCCGCCUUUUCCCACGCCGUCUCCGUGUCCCGGGCGGGCAAUAGGAGCGAGACAGAAGUGACGGUGACAACGGCCUAUCGAGAGCCAGGCCAGGUGCUCACCCCCUCAGGGCGUAUAAAAUACUCUAAAAGCACGGAAACUGGUUUCUCCGCUUCUACAGGGAAAGCUAACAGUCUGCAGUUCAGCUGACUCUUCCCACCCGGUAAGAUGUCUGUGUACAGCCUCCCGGAGCCGGCUUACCCGAUGCCCGAGCGCUUUUCCCAGCUGAUCAAACCUUCCUCUCGGCUGAGCUCGCUCACCGGCCUCGUGCGCAAGGCGAGCAGCCUGGGCGGCAUCACGCCCACGACCCGCAUCUCCACCUCCAGUCUCUCGAUGCCCCUGACCUUGUACGGCGGCGGCGGCGGCGGGGGCUCUUCCGCGGGCAGCUGCAGCAGCCUGAUCGGCGCCGACGGCAAGGCCACCAUGCAGAACCUGAACGACCGCCUGGCCGCCUACCUGGAGAAGGUGCGCUCGCUGGAGGCCGCCAACGGCGAGCUGGAGCGGAAGAUCCGGGAGUGGUACGAGAAGAGAGCGCCGGUCGCCCGGGACUACAGCGCCUACGAGAAGACCAUCGCCGGCCUGCGCAAGCAGAUCGGCGCCAUGACCCAGAUGAACGCCAAGAUCAUCCUGCAGAUCGACAACGCCCGACUGGCCUCCGAUGACUUCAAAGUCAAGUACGAGGCGGAGCUGGCCCUGCGCCAGUCGGUGGAGGCCGACGUCGUCGGGCUGCGGCGCGUCCUGGACGACCUGACGCUGACCCGCUCGGCCCUGGAGGCCCAGGUGGAGGCGCUGCAGGAGGAGCUCAUCUACCUGAAGAAGAACCACCAGGAGGCGCUGCUGGUGCUGCGCUCUCAGCUGGGCGGCCAGGUCAGUGUGGAGGUGGACGCGGCGCCCCAGCAGGACUUGAUGGAGGUGCUGGACGAGAUCCGGGCGCAGUACGAGGGCAUCGCCGAGAAGAACCGCCGGGACAUGGAGGGCUGGUACAAGGGCAAGUUUGAUGUCCUAAGCCAGCAGGUGUCAGUGAGCACAGAGGCUCUGCAGUCCAGCAAGUCAGAGAUCUCCGAGCUGAAGCGCGCCAUCCAGGGUCUGGAGAUCGAGCUGCAGUCCCUCCUCAGCCUGAAAGCCGCGCUGGAGGCGACCCUGCGGGAGACGGCCGAGGGGCGCGGCGAGGAGCUGGCGCGGCUGCAGGGCGUGGUCCACCGCCUGGAGGGGGAGCUGGCGCAGGUCCGGGGCGACGCCGCGCGGCACGGCGACGAGUACCAGGCCCUGCUGGACAUCAAGACGCGCCUGGAGCGGGAGAUCUCCAUGUACCGCCACCUGCUGGACGGGGAGGACAGCAGGAGCAUCGCGCAGCAGGCGAAGGAGACCACGGUGAGCAGGGCCCGGAAAGUCCAGACCAUCGUGGAGGAGGUGGUGGAUGGGCGGGUGGUGUCCUCCAGGGUGGAGGAGGUGGUGCAGAAGAUCUAAACCAACCCCCCCUUCCCAGCUCCACUGACCAGCCCACACCUGGCGGACCUCUGACCUUCUACCAAUUACACAACACCUUGUCUUCCCCAGCUCUGGCCUCUAGCGUCUCUCUCCAUGUGUCAACAGCUCACGAGGUCUCCCUGUAAACCCCAGCCCUUAAUUUGCAGGGUCAACUAGAUGUGCUUAAUGUGUAGUUCAGAGGGGCUUGUGCCUCUGCACAGGUUGUAUAGUUUUAAAAGCAAGUCAGCACCUUAAAAGAUAGGAAAAGCUGUUAAACCGCUCUAGUUUGGCCAAUAAUCAGCUCACCUGGCUCGUUAAGACCUAAAUGGAAGCUUGGAGGCAGGACCGGAACUGGGCGUCUCCCAGUUAAAACAAUUUAAAACACUCUCUUUAAGAACAGAACUAUUAACCAGUUAGAUCUUAAGAAAGGUUACACUGAACAGGGGGUAUUGGACACAUUUUCCUCAUUGCUUAGUGAUCUGAGGAUCACAUUCAGGUGGUUUGUGAAAGAUCCCAGACGAGGUUCCUCAACACUGUGGCUGAGCAGAAUAUUUCAGCCUUUUUGCAAUUCAGGUGCAUUCCUCUCCUGUCCUGUGGAUGUUCUCUGCUCCUGGUUUCCCCAUCAGCUUGGCAAGAGUCCAGUCUGUUGUUCAGGACUAGAGGGACUUGUUUGUUUGUUUUUUUACUCCCCUGUGACUUUCGAGACAGAAACCAAGAUCUAGAAAACCUGUUUCUUUGCCUCCCUCUAGAGCUGGUCUGUCUGCUACCACUUUUAACAAACACAAAUCAUCCCCUUUUCAAAGAGGCAGCUGGCUCUGGGUCUACUGGUACUGAUCUAUCUGAAUCCCAGGAUGAAAGGAAGGGGUUUGGAGGGGUUGGUAGAGUCCAGUGAGAGGACAGCUCUUCUUUCUCUUGUGUGACUAUCAAAGGACAAUGUGGAAAUGACCUUUGUCAUCUUUUCUUAAAGCAAAAGGCUUAUUUGUUUCUUUACUGCUUCAUUGAUCAUAUUAAACAGUUAAGGAACAAGUUAAGGUUUAUUCCAUGCUGAAAAGAGAAGACAAGAAACGCAACAUUUUGGCUGUGGAGCCUUCUUCCGGUGUUUCUAUAUUAAAUUGUUACAAAUCAACAGAACUGGUAAAGGUACAAAUAGGCAGCAGAUGGAUAAAUAAAGAUGAUUCAGGAAUGAA